AUGGCUGGGUUUUCGAGUUCUACUCUAUUUCUAAUAUUCCUCUGUUUAACCGAUGCUUUUGCCAGUGAGAGUUAUACCAAUGUAUGGGCCGUAAAAUUUCGUGGUAAUCAGGAAGAAGUCGAGCGGUUUGCCUCGAAAAAUAAUCUGAUCUACGACAGACAUCUCAUUGAGGACUAUCAUACCUUAAAAAGGCCUGAUCUGCUGAAAAGUUCUCAAAAGACACAGUUGUCAUUGGAGAUUGAUGGCAAGUUGCAUUCAGAGCAAAAGGUUGAGUGGUUUAUGCAUCAGAAGGUGAAAAAGUAUAAACUGUUUUCUAAUAAACACCCUGAAAUACCUUGGUACAUUAAUAGACCUGAGGGAUCCCAAGGCCCAACAUUCAAUGUCAUUUCUGCCUGGGAUGCAGGAUACACAGGAAAAGGAAUUACAGUGGCAGUAGUUGAUGAUGGAGUUGAUGGCAGUCAUCCUGAACUAAAGGAAAACUAUAGAAGGGACUUAAGUUUCGAUUAUGUGAAUGGCAGUACCAUGGAAUAUGGAACACCUGUAUCUGGCUGCAAGUGGUUAAUGGACAAGGAGGGUGUGGAUGUUAUUGUGUCAGAUGUUGAAGUUUGUGGGGUGAAAAUAUCUGGACUGUAUUUAAAUCAGUACUGCAGAAGUGAUACCAAUAUUUACAUCAUACAAUUCACUUGUAGCCAUGGCAAUAAAUGUGCAGGUGUCAUAGCUGGAAAACGUGGUAAUGAUUUAUGUGGAACAGGAGUGGCUUAUGAAGCCAACAUUGCAGGUGUUCGCCUCUUUGAUUCUGGCAUUUGGUCGACUGACGCAUGGGAAUUCUUGGCCUUGAAACAUAAACUAGAAAGCAUUGACAUAUACUCCAACAGCUGGGGGCCUGGGGACAUAGGCUGGGAAGUAAAAGGUCCUGGACCGCUGGCCAGUAAAGCUUUAGAACUUGGAACAACAACGGGUCGUGGUGGCCUUGGUGCCAUCUACACGUUUGCAGCUGGUAAUGGAGGCCUGUAUGGAGACAGUUGUGCAUACAAUGGUUACGUAAAUAGUAUAUACACCAUCGCUAUUGCCGGUGUAAAUCAUGAUGGAUCCCUGCCCACCUACGCUGAAGAGUGCCCCGGAAUAAUGGCCACCGCUUAUAGUUGGGAUUCGUACAAAAACAAACACUUCAGGGAUUCAGACAAACACAUUAUUACAACUGCUGAUAACAAGAAAGGAUGUGUUCAUAAUUUCUCGGAAUCGUCAGCGGCUACUGCAAUCGCAUCAGGAUUGAUUGCACUAACCCUGCAAGCAAAUACUAAUUUAACAUGGCGUGACGUUCAACAUAUCAUAGCAAACAGUGCAAGAGCAGCGCCGGGUGGGGUCUUCCUCGAACGUGGAGAGUGGCAGCAAAACAAAGCAGGAUUUUACUUUAGUAAGUAUUAUGGCUUUGGACUCAUGGACGCUGGCAGGAUGGUGAAUCUAGCAAAGAACUGGACUCAAGUCCCUCGGCAGCGGAAAUGCGAAAUUGAAGGGAGUGAAAGGCAAAUCCCAGGUACAGUUUCAGUGGAGGUGAAAAAUUGCGAGAUCAAGUUCCUGGAACACGUGCAGAUCAGAGUAGAUCUUAAUUUCUCUCGCCGUGGUGACUUGUUACUUCAUUUGAAGUCACCGAGUAACACAACCUGUCCAUUGACGCGAGACCGCUUUGCAGACAACUUUCAGAAGUUCACGAACUUGACAGACUGGUAUAUUACAACUCUGUUUCACUGGGGAGAGAAUCCUACAGGGAAAUGGGAGCUCAAGAUUAGUGAUGCUGACCCACGAAACCCAAGUGCAGGCAAACUUCAUAGCUGGUCUUUGAUAUUGUAUGGUACAUCAUCCCCUCCACUCAAACCCAGAGUCGAACAGGACAUCCAACCAAGGAAUGCUGAAAGCACAAGAAAGGAACUUUCACCAACAUCUAGACCAACCAAACCAGUUCCUCUGGUGCGCAUCGUCUUUCCUGGUGUAGGUGUAGGUGCUUUGACUUUGAUAUUGAUCACCGGAUAUUGUUGUCACCGCCGUCUGAGAAAAAAUAAGACGAAAGAUAAUCAAGAAUCUGAUAACAGGGAAAUUAAUUAUCAAUCAACAGGGUGUCCUGAAAAAAAAUCUCAAGGAGAUAUGGUUUAG